AAACAAAUAACAAGGGGAAUGAAUGAUAUGAAUACCCACUUGCAAUCAUCCAUUCAGAAUCAUAUCCUUUAAUCUGAGAACAAGGAACCUCAGGAGAAAGACCAACAAUUCCUCUCAAACAUCACCGUUUCAAGACGUAUAGUUCAAUCAGUAGCGGCUUCAACUCUUACAGAAUAGCUACCGGACAUGGCAACGCUCUUGCUAUCCUAUCGCCCAUUGUCUUAUGCUGCAGCGUUUGGCACAGGAAUAGGUCUCUCACUGCUGCAUCCUGCCUCCCCAUUCCGCUCCGCGCCGCUCCAAUGCCAGUACACAUCACCAUAUUACAACCCCCAUGCGCCCCAGGAAUCGGGGUGGUCUCUGAACAACAGCCCAGCCAUUGAAAAGCAAGGACGAACUUCAACAACAACCAGAGGCCAUGGCCUACUUAAUGCACGGUCAAUACGACAAAUCAGCUUUGGAAGCGUCUUAGGCUUGGCCACCGGACUGGGAUUGAGGGUGUUUUCAAAAGCAUUAGUGUUCGUCUUAGGCGUAGGAAUUGUGCUUGCUGAGUGGGCCGCAUCAAAAGGUUACAACAUAAUCCCCUUCAAGACAGUGCAGAAAUAUGCUAGGAAAAUCAACCUGCAGCAAGCUACCAGGGAGAAUAUACCAUUCAAAGUCAGCUUCGGCACAACAAUGGCCAUGGCAGCUUUUGCCAAUUUUUCGGAUUACAGUUGAGUGAUUUAGACCAUCAAAUACCAGAUGACGAGGUGUCUGCCGCUUAUAUCACAUUGCUGUUAUUUAGUAGUAUACUAUAAAUAUAAAAGUCUAUUUUUGUGGGGUAUCUUGAUUUGGUAGUUGAAGACUUAUGUU